AUGACAAAGACCCAGAUCCCAGAAUCGCCCGUCCCUCAUCUCCUCGACACGAACUACGCGCCUCCCGAUGAAGACAUACUCAUCGUUCAGGAAGCUAUUGAAACGGCGCAAUCGUUGUUGGAGCAAGUCGGCACUGCAGAGAACGACAACAGAAGGGGGCUUGCCUCCUUCAUUCGCCGCCACCAGGCCGUGCUGUCACCCAUACGAAGAUGCAAACUCCCCCAAGAAAUGUGGACCAACAUAUUCUUCUUGGUGGCGUCUGUAUACGACCUCGUGCAUGCCACAGAAGGAGACCUGGUUCCAGCUGCGGUUCUAUCCCGAGUGUGCCGCUCUUGGCGCGCCUGCGCGCUCGAGUCGCCCCAACUCUGGGCGACCUUGCCAAUUAUACGACUCCCCAACGCAGGGAGCUUAAAUGCAACUAAAGCAAUGCGACAAAGAACCGGGAUCUUGGAAUACCUAUCGCGGUCUGAUAAUGCACCACUCCGGUUCAGGCUCAGCAUUCCUUUGCCGAUUGCUCACGACAUUGAUACCACUCCCUUCGACGUAGUUGCUCAGCAGGCUGAGAGGUGGGGAGAAGUUGCUAUAAGCGCGAUGAUUACCUCGUUGCUUUUUUUGAACGACGUCGAAGGGCGGCUCCCCCUCCUCGAGCGCCUAGCCAUCAAUAUCACGGCAAAAACCCCGGACUCAGUGAAUAUCGACAUGUUUGCAGAUGCACCGCGAUUGCGACACGUCAGCUUGACAGGAUCGUUGGAUGGUGUAUCGGUUCUUUUGCCGACAGAUCAGCUUGUAUCGUUCAAGACCAGCAGCACGACGCUAUGCCUCCAGGUCCUUUCCACCAUACCGCCACUCCUCGAGACACUCGACGUCAUUUGUGCUGACGCACAAUUACUGCGCUCCGUCACCCUCCGGUCCUUGACAUCUCUGAAGGUCCAAUUCCAGUCGGGACCCGCCGAUUUCCUCCUCCCUCGCUUACCAGUGCCCCAUAUCAGGGUAAUCGAUAUAAGUUUCAAGAAAGGCUGCUGGGACCAACAAGUCUUAGGUGCUUUGGCAAAACAGCUGAUAAUUUCUGGUCCUACCGCUUUCUCGACCCUCUCGACCCUUCGCCUGCACGGAUGCGAACAGCUCCUCGAAGGAGUGGCCGCCCUCCUAUCACUUACUAAAGCAAUCGAAUCUUUGGAUAUCUCCAUUCCGAGCUCGAAAGACAUCACGAAGAUGAUGUACACUGACGACGACGUCACUCUAUUACCCCGCCUCAAGUCAUGCACUUUCGUUAUUUCGAAGAACAUUCAAGACCAGGAUUUUCCAGUUGAGGCACUUAACCUGCUCGCUUCUUCUCGGUGCGAUCAGCCGCGCAGCUCAGCAGGAACCGGUUCCGUCCAAGAGGUUGCUCGCCUCGAGCAGCUGUGUAUCCAAUUCGCUACGCACAAGCAAGCAAGGAGACAGUGGGCGGCUCUCGAAGGAUGGAAGGAGUCUGAAGGGUCCCAGUCAUCGACUCUUCGGGAGCUCCGGUGGCAGAGCCUACACCAAGAAUUACCUCUUGACACAACGGCCAUAAACGCUGACAAGGAGUACAACGCGACACCUCUGAAGAAAAUUCUGGACGAGCUCGAGCAGCUCACCAUAACGGAUGGCAGUGACAUUUUGGUGAGCUCUCUCUACCCAUAUAAAUAUGACAGAGCAGACUACUGA